AUGAAUAUUUUGUAUUUAUUUUCUCUGAAUUUCUGUACAAAUCAAUUUCCGGUAAAUUACGAACCACUUACUUACGAUGGCUUAAGAAAUAUUUUGUCAGGAUUUACUAAUCAUUUUCUCCAGCAUGUCGCCGAUAGCGAAGAAAGAACUUUAAAGUAUAUUAAUAAGACAUUGGAAUCUAAAUUUAAAGAUGAAAUGGAAUUACAUACAAAAUUAUUGGAUACAAUGUGUAAGUUUAAGAAAAAAGAACAGGAAAGAGGAAAAAAUGAUUCUAUGGCACUACUGAUACCAUUGUUAAAAGCAAUGAAAAUAGAAAACACCGAUAAUGUACUACUAAGCUUAUUAACUAGUAAAGGUGCCGAUAAUAAAAUGCUACCCUUUCUAAUUCAUUUAAUGUCAUCAGGCGGGACAACGACUCGAAGUCAACAGCAACCAAACCAGAAUAUACUUUUAACUACCUUGUUAAGCCGAUUAGAUGAGGAUGGAGAUAAUGACAAAACACUUUUAAAUUAUUUGUUAUACCAGACACUAUCAGAAAAGCAAGAUCAAACAUGUCCUGUGACAAAUCAAAAUCCUAAUUUAUAUGGACCCUCAACAAGUAGUGCCCCUUUUAUUCCACCUACGAUUUAUGGCCCAUCACUAAAUGUAAAUCCUCCGCCUACAGUUACCUACGGCCCAUCACCUGCUGUUAAUCGUGAUCAAUGCUUUCCCAAUGUAGCAACAUCUUGUCCGCCGUUUCAAGAAUCAUGUCCUUUAAAUCAGGGCAUAGAAACACGGGAAUAUGGUAAAAACUAUGGCCGUAGACCUUGA